AUGGCGGAGAGCCUGGGCCCCUGCUCCCCACGGGGCCAGUGCCAGCCCAGCAUGGGUGCCAACGCCUCGUCCGGCAGCAUGGACACCAACGCCUCCUCCUCGGAGGUGGGCGGCAGCGCGUGGCGGGGCCGGGAGCCCUUCUCUAUCUUCACCAUGCUCAUCCUGACCCUGCUGGUGCUCCUGACCGUGGCCACCUUCCUCUGGAACCUGCUGGUGCUGGCGACCAUCCUGCGAGUGAAGGCCUUCCACCGGGUGCCCCACAACCUGGUGGCCUCCACGGCGGUGUCGGACGUGCUGGUGGCGGCCCUGGUGAUGCCGCUGAGCCUGGUGAAGGAGCUGUCGGCCGGGCGGCGGUGGCGGCUGGGCCGGGAGCUGUGCCUCGUGUGGGUGUGCUUCGACGUGCUGUGCUGCACGGCCAGCAUCUGGAACGUGACGGCCAUCGCCCUGGACCGCUACUGGUCCGUCACCCGGCAGCUGCAGUACACGAUGCUCGCCCGCCGCCGAAUCUCCAACGUCAUGAUCGCUCUCACCUGGCUGCUCUCCGCCGCCAUCUCCCUCGCCCCUCUCCUGGGCUGGGGGGAGACCUACAGCCCCGAGCAGGAGCGCUGCCAGCUCAGCCAGGACCCGUCCUACACCAUCGUCUCCACGGGCGGGGCGUUCUACCUGCCCCUCUGCGUGGUGCUCUUCGUCUACUGGAAGAUCUACAAGGCGUCCAAAUUCCACAUGGGGGGCCGCAGGAGGAACGCCGUGGUGCCUCUGCCCGAGGCUGCCCAGGUGAAGGAAGCUUCGCAGGAACCACAGAUGGUGUUUACAGCUCGUCGUGCAGCUAUCACUUUCCAGACAGAUGGAGAAACAUGGAGAGAACAGAAAGAGAAAAAGGCAGCUCUGAUGGUUGGCAUCUUAAUUGGAGUUUUUGUACUGUGCUGGAUCCCUUUCUUCAUCACAGAAUUAAUAAGUCCCCUCUGCUCCUGCAACAUCCCACCCGUCUGGAAAAGCAUCUUUCUUUGGCUUGGCUACUCAAAUUCUUUCUUUAAUCCUCUCAUUUAUACAGCAUUUAACAAAAAUUACAACAAUGCCUUCAGGAACCUUUUUGUAAAGCAAAGAUAA